AUGGCAAGACUAAGGUUACACAAUCUGAGGAAAAAAACUCGCCCCACUCGUUUUAGGAUGAGUAAGAGAAAAGCACCUAAUCUUGUGCUUGUUACAGCUUUACGGAGAUGGCGCAUUGAAAAGCAGAGAGAGCUGCAUCAUCUUGCUUUGGCAGCUCAUAGAGCUCUACCAGCUCCACCUGCUCCACCUGCAGCAACAACUCUACCUGCUCCACCUGCACCACUUGGUCUAGCAGCUCCACCUUCUCCACCAGCUCCAGCAGUUGCAGCAGUUCCACUCGCCCUAGCAGUUCCACCAACAGCUCCACCUGUUCCAGCAACUCCACCAGUAGCUCCAGCAGUUCCACCUGUCCCACCAGUUCCACCAAUAACUCCACCUUCUCCACCUGCUCCACCAGCUCCAGCAGUUCCACCACCAGUACUACCUGCCUAUGGUGGUGGUACUUUUGAUGAUCCGAUUCUGGUAGACAACAUACCAAACAUUUGCAUUGUCUUGUCAUCAAAUGAUGAAGAAGAAGAUGUGGAAGAGAUUGUCUUUGAAGAAGAGUAUGAUGAAGAAGAAGAAGAUCCAGAAGAAGAUUCAGAGGAAGAUCCAGAAGAAGAUGCAGAAGAAGAUCCUGAAGAAGAGUAUGAUCCAACAGAUGAUGAGGAAGAGGAAGAGGCAGAGACAGACUGA